GACAUCUGAUGUCAUUCUAGUGAUCAGUUCCAAAAAAAUGUACACAACAUUCUGCUGAGUGAUCACAUUUUACUUAUUUGUUUAGUUUAAUUGAUAUUACCCGCACCAUAUUCCCAGUGUAGUUUGUGUAAAUCGCUUAUUUGAUCCCACAUUAAGAAGUCCGUGUCUUUGAGGCCGUAGACCCUAGCCCAGUAUGUCCCGUUACACUCAGUCGAACCCUGGUAGCUACGCUCAGACAUAUAAGCUCGUCGUAGUGGGAGGAGGAGGUGUUGGAAAAUCAGCAAUUACUAUACAGUUUAUACAGAGUUAUUUUGUAACCGAUUAUGAUCCAACCAUCGAGGAUUCGUACACAAAGCAAUGCGUUAUCGACGACGUCCCGGCAAAGUUGGAUAUUCUGGACACUGCUGGACAGGAAGAAUUCAGCGCCAUGCGAGAGCAGUACAUGCGUUCGGGCGAAGGUUUCCUGCUGGUAUUUGCAGUAACCGAUCACGCCAGCUUCGACGAGAUGUACAAGUUCCACAAGCAAAUCUUGCGCGUUAAGGAUCGCGAUGAAUUCCCAAUGCUAAUGGUGGGAAACAAAUCCGAUUUGGAUCACCAGCGGGUUGUGUCACUGGAAGAAGCUCAGCAACUUAGCAGACAACUCAAAAUACCUUACAUCGAAUGCAGUGCAAAGCUGAGGGUCAACGUGGAUCAGGCUUUCCAUGAACUGGUUCGAGUUGUUAGGAAAUUUCAACUGUCCGAGAGACCUCUUGUUGACGAGAAAGGAAAACGAAAGGGCGGAAAGAAGAAAUGUUGCAUCCUGUAAUGCAUCGGAGCUUGAACUUCACAAAUUAACAAAUUUUCGAAAGCACACCAUCUGAGUUUGAGCUGUGCAGAUGAACGGUUUUCAGAAUGCAUCUCCCAAGUGAGAGUGAAUGCAUUGUUUACUGCCGUACUAUUUUAAAUUAUUUUCGACCGUUCGAAAUGUGUUUAGACAAUACAAACCUGUGGCACAAUAACCACGAAAAUAUGUGAAACUUUUGUCCCAAUCUUUUAAAUCGUUUACAAAAUUCGAAUCAUUAUAACCCUAACGUGCCAUAUGUUUGCAAUUAGUUGAUUCUGACUAUAAUGAUACACAGAUACACUCAUACGAAUGUGCCUAAUUGAUAUUUAAUAUCAUCGGUUUUACUAAACGGUACAGCUAAAUCAGCCCAGGAAAGAAAUAAAAAAAACCCUCAAGUGUAGUGGAUCGUCAAGCAUUUUAAACCUAAUUUGUCAUUACAAAACAAAAAAAAAAAAAAAACAAUCGAAAGGACAUCAUUAUUUUAACUAACACCUCACGAAAUUCUCACUGCGUCUCCAAGAUUUCAGGACAAAUGAUGAAACGUAUCAGAAAUAUAUAAUAACAUAUUUUAAAUCAUAAAACGAGUAUAUUUACUACUACUUAUGUGUAAUAAGACUUAUACUAUAUAGGUAGCAGGAUGUUACAUUGUGCUUUAUCCAUGCGAAAAGAGUUUUAUUGAAUAUCAGAUAUUUAUAUAUGUUUACACAAUCACGGAAAACAAAACCAUUGCGAAUAACUUAAUUACUAGAUGCAGCCAGCGUUAGCUAGACAAGGCGUUAAUCUAAUCGAAGAUAACAGUUUGAAAUUGAAUGCAAUGUAAUAUCAAUAUUAACCAAAAUAACUAGCUUUAAAUGUGCUUGAAUGUUAUUCGAAACAGAUGUCGCAAUUAUUUGACAACAGAAAAAGCAAGAAAAUAAACCACAGUUUAGGAAAAGGUGCUAAAUUAAACCGAUUAAUUCAUAUUUCCAGUCACGAAUGAUUGUGUUGAAACCCGUUUUAGUCUGUCAUUUAUGUUGUGCGGAAAAAAUAUUUAUAGAAAUACAUGUUCAAGUAUAUUGACCAACUAAAA